AUGGCGGACGCCGCCCGCGCGAGGCUGUCCGACCUGCUGCAGGACGACCGCUUCCGCGGGGUCUGCAGCGUGCGGCUGCAGGCGCGCGGCUACGUCGUGGUCCCCGCGGGCGCUCCCCCGCGCGAGGGCGGCCCCCCCGGAGCCGCCCCCGGGUGCCCCGCGGAGGCCGCUGGUGCGGCCUCGCCGCUGGCCGCGGAGGGGUGCGCGCCCGAGGCAUCCAGCGAGGGCUCCUCCGGCGACGAGGGGCCAGCCGGGUGCGGCCCGUCCCCCCAGCUGUGCGAGCGCCGCACCUUCCUGGAGCUGGCGGCGCCGCCGACGCCGCGGCGGCCGCGGUCGCUGUCGUGCCCCCAGGAGCUCGCGCACUGGAGGAAGCGCAGGUGCCUGAGCCUGGACGCCGAGGCGGACCAGGACUGCGGCCCCCUCGGGGCCGCGGGCGCCGCGGGCUGGUACUCGGAGCCCGCCGAGGAGGAGGCCCAGAGCGAAGAGGCGGCCGCGGCCGCGGCCGGCGCCCUCCCCGCGGCGGCGAGGGUCCGGUUCUGUGUGGACGAGCCGCUGCCACUGGAGGAGUCGGGGCUCCUGCCCAGCUGCGUGCCCCUGGCGACGCCGUCGCCCCCGUGCCGCGUGUGGCCCGGGCACCUCCAGGGGGCGGCGUCGGAGGAUGCGGCCGCGGGCGCGCGCCGCGUGGCGCUGUGCCCUGCGGCGCACCUGGAUGCGGUGGCGGAGGAGGGCGGAGGCCUGGCGCUGCAGACGCCCUCCCCGGUGCUGCAGCGGCGCCCGUGCGAGAGGCUCGUCGUGCGGCUGGCAGACCUCCUCUGAGCCGCGGCGCCCCUCCCGAGGCCAGCCUCGGGCUGGGGGGUCGGGCGGGGGGCGGCGCUUCGAGGUUCGAGGUUUCGGGUGGAGGGCCCUGAUGUCUCAUUCUAUUCUUAGCCUUGGUCGCCAGGAGGGACUUCGAGCACCAACAGACCGAACAACGCAACCUUCUGCAUGCACCCUCCAGGGUCGCCAAUUGACGCCGCAGGCCCGUUGAACGUCGCGGGCCUGCGCGCCGUUUUUCUGUAUUGUCUCGCGUGCGCGUGCAUGUUUAUGGUAGCUCAAGGUUUUUACGCAACGUUUGAAGUGUUUCGGGGCGACGCGCGCAUACAUUCUGUCCACAUUACGUCUGCUGUCCGAUUCCGAGGCUUCGACGCUCGACAGGG